AUGGAGGUAUCAAGUUCACAAGUAUUGCCUGGCUUCCCAGAAUGCCAAAGCAGAGAAUUUCUUGGGCUUUAUUUAUUCUACACCUUAGGAAAAAUUAUCGCUAUUACAAUCUUAUUAUCCCUGCUACCAUCAGAUUGUGGAAGCUUAGUUGACUUAUUCAUGAUUAUAUAUGCGAUUAUUGAGGCUUAUGAGUUCUUAUUUUUAUGUUCUUUACUUGCUAGGAAAUGCUUGCAUUUUCAUGGCAGAUUGUCACCUUAUUUCGUGAGGUCUGUGCAGCUUAGCUAUGAAUGGUAAAAUUUAUGCAGUUUCCGGUUUGUGAUGGUGAUCGCAUUGUCGUCACAGCUUACAAGUAAUCCAGAUUAUUGGGAUAAGCCGACUGGAAUUCUGGCGACGGUCUUUAUAAAUAUCGGAUUUUUAAAAGUCCUCGCUGGGUUGGUCUAUACGGCGAUGUAUUUCAGACAAUUAAGAACCCUUAUGGCUGACCAAGCUCCACAAAGCUAUACAGUAAAAUUUAUUUAGCUUACAAAAGAGCAGCUAGAAGUAUACAUAAAACUACCACAAAGGGAAGGGUUAUGCUCAAUUUGCUUAGAAGAUAUUAGUCCUGAUGCAAAGUGCAUGGUGUUGCCAUGUGAUCACAAUUUUCAUGUAAAAUGUUUAAAGGACUGGGUUGCAGUAAAAGGAGUGUGUCCUAUGUGUAGGACGCGAUUAAUUUAA